GCCCCUCCCGUCCACAUCGACCAGACAGUUUCCGACUUUGACGGCGUCCUUUACCACAUCUCCACUCCCGAGACGAAGACAAAAAUCCUCCUCUCCGUUCAGAUCCGCUGCUUCAAAGAGCUGGUGCGGUACGGCGCCGAGCAAGUGCUCCAGCGGGAGUAUGGCCCCUACAUCGUAUCGCCCGAGGCAGGCUACGACUUCUCCGUGCUGAUCGACCUAGAAAACCUGCCCGCCGAGAAAGAUGAGCGAGACGCGCUGGUCAACAAGAUGGCGCUGCUGAAGCGCAAUGCGACGGCGGCACCUUUCGAGGCCGCUUACGAGGAGUAUUACAAGCUGAAAGAGGCGGCGUCGAAGUACAUCUCGGAGGAAGCACCGCAGGGCGUGCGGGAAGGCGGGGAGGUCAUGGCGAUCCACUACCGUGAGGAGGAGGGUAUCUUCAUCAAGGCCAGCCACGACCGGGUUACGGUCAUUUUCAGCACUAUUUUCCGGGAAGAGACGGAUCGGAUUUUUGGCAAGGUCUUCAUCCAAGAAUUCGUCGACGCCCGCCGUCGGGCCAUUCAGAACGCACCGCAGGUGCUCUUCCGAAACGACCCGCCGCUUGAGCUGCAACAGGUGCCCGGGGUGCAGAGCUCCAGCUCUGGCGAGAUUGGCUACGUAACAUUUGUGCUCUUCCCCCGUCACCUUACUUCGCAACGGAUGCCCGAGGUGAUCUCUCACAUCCAGACCUUCCGAGACUACUUCCACUACCACAUCAAGGCAUCAAAGGCCUACAUUCAUUCACGCAUGCGGAAGAGGACGGCGGAUUUCCUCCAAGUUCUCCGCAGAGCCCGGCCGGACAACGAGGAAAAGGAGAGGAAGACGGCGAGUGGCAGGACUUUCAAGGUGCAUGGUGCCUGAGUGGUGGGAGAUUCGCGGCGAAGGUGUCGCCGGGUGGAGGUCGAGAGCCCCAGGACUGCGAUCAGCGAGAGUCUAGUGGCCUGAACAGCACCAAGGACCUUGCCAUAGAAUUAAUUGCGUUAAAUUGCGUUACGAACGAUAUGAAGAGUUUGCUGGACUACUCUUUCCGCCCUAGGCAUGUCGGUUUUCGAGAUUCUUUGAGAGACCUGACUGCGAAGUUUGAGCGGGGAACUGAUUCCGGUUUGCCCAGUGUCAUGCGGAUACCGGGCGAGGCUCUCGAUGCACUCUUGCACCCACGGUUCGCCCCAUACUUUGGGCAUUUUCAUCCCAAAUUGAUUGUUUCUCGUUGGGUGUCUGCUGUCGCCCCUUCUGGUGACAUUUGAAGAGCAUUGGCGAAGCGAAGCGGGACGGACGUACGUUAACGUUAAUGCCUAGGCUAACUACCAAUCUACCUACUCUUAAGUGU